AGAAAAUAGAUAUUAUAUUCGAUACAAGGAACCGUAUAUAAUGAUAAAAGUGUUGGUUGCUUAUUUUGCUAUAAUAGUUAACGUUGCUUUUGCUCAGAGGCAAUACCGUAUAUCAAAUAUAAAUACUCAAACUUUUCUGCAAACAGCUGUGGCACCUGGUGAACCAUUAACAUUAGGAAUCAUUGAGGAUUCAUGGACAAUUGACCCUCCACUUGGAGAUGGAGUUACAGUCUCUACAAUUCGAGAUGUACAAACUGGCCUUUACGCGGGUGUGGAUCAAGCAGUACAAGACGCAAAAAUAAUUGCUGUUACUGAUCCUUAUCCUUUCAAUAUAGCUCUAUCAAGUACAGGGUCUUAUAUUAUCUACCCAAUGACAUCAGACUUAUAUUGGGAUACUAAUGCCACUAUUAGCCCAUUUAUCGAACUCGUUUCUGAAAGUGAUAUCAUUGGUAAUGAUGCAUCUUUUAAAAUAGAGCUUGCUUAAAAUAAUGAUUUUUAAUAAACGCUUUGGAGUUUUUCGAAAUCUUGGAUUUGCGUGGAUAUUUUUUUUUUUUGUUGAGAAAGUGUCGUCAAGUAAAUUUCUUUUAUGCUGGAACAUCUCAUGAGGUAGGUUGGUAUCUCUUUAUACUUUUGUAAUUCGCUCAAAAGCCAGCAUCAUCACAUCAAAU